AGAUGGCGUCGGAAAGUGGAGGGAAAAAUCAUUAUCUCUGUUGCACAGUGCAAGGACUCUGUUUCCCUUCAAAAAAUGGGUCAUCGAUCUUUAUCUCUGAAAGGUAGACACAACUGAGAGGCAGAAAGUAAGUCCAGCCUCGUCGAAGCAUUCAGCCUUGAUGCUGUCUACGUCAAGAUCGCAGAAGCAAAAUUUUUCUGAAAAGAAGAAUGACAAAUUAAUGAAAUCAAAAUCUGCGUCACCAACUCUCAGAAAGCCCACUAAGGAACAAUCACAGGAGAAACGAAUCCAGUCUUCAACGAAUGAAAGGGAGUCAGGGAAGUUAAGUGUGCAGGAGAUUGUGAGUAUUUCUUGUACGGUGUUNAUCAGGGCUCAAAAAAGUACUAUCCAGUCAUCCCACACAAAUAGACUUUACUGCCAGGCAAGAGACUUUUCAUUCUCACUUGCCAGAUGGGCAAGGCCCCAGUGUCCACUUUAUUCUAAUGUGCAGUUCCCAAAACUGAAAAUCCUUGACCUGGGAUGCAACAAAAUCAAGUGUGUCUCAUCUAGUGAUUUGGAGAAGAAUUGUGAUCUUCGUGAACUGAAACUUUACGCAAAUGAAAUUACAGAGAUCAGUGGUUUAGAUCGGUAAGCCAGUAUAAUUUAAU